AUGCAUGUCCAAUAUGCGCUGCGGAAUCCCUUCAGCGGCCUUCUUCUGGCAUUUUCGCUACUCGCAUUCUCCCUUUAUUUUAUUGUUUUGUUUACCAUUACUACAGUAAGUUUUUUAUCCAUUUUUUGGCUUAAAAAAAUUAAUAAUCUAACACUAUGGUUUCUAAAAUACGGUGAUUUUCAAGGAAAAACAGCAAAUGCGGACUGGAAAGAUCUACGAAAUCGAGGGAUUCCAUCACAUCUACCUUCUCCAUUCUUGUUUCGGAUUGUCGGCAGCAUUACUUCUUACGCUUUCGAUUUGGAUGAUUUUUCGGCAUUACAAAAACGGACGUCAAAAAACGAUUUACAAGAAAUUCCUCGUUUGCACCGUAGGUUGCCGUUUUUCAUGAUUUUACAGCUUUUUGACCACUAGCAACGGAAUGCCAAGAUUUUUUAGUUUUGGCGGCAGAUUCAAAUUUCCUAAGGUAGAAUGCAAUCCAAAAGUGUCGCAUAUGCCUUCGAAAAAUAACUUUUAAAUUUAGCCAUGUUUUGACGUAUUUCUGACCAUUUGCAACGGAAUGCCAAGUUUUAGUUAUGGCGGGAAAUUCAAAUUUUCUAAGCUAAAAUGCAGGCCAAACGGAUCACACAUUUGCCACAGAAAAAUAAAUGUCAAAUUUAGUCACGUUGUGACACUUUUUUGCCCACUUGCAACGGAAUGCCAAGACUUUUAAGUUUUGGCGGGAAAUUCAAAUUUUCUAAGGUAAAAUGCAGGCCAAAAGGAUCACAUAUGCCAUAGAAAGAUAAAUGUAGAAUCUAGCCAUGUUUUGAUAGCUUUUUGCCCACUUGCAACGGAAUGCCAAGACUUUUAAGUUUUGGCGGGAAAUUCAAAUUUUCUAGGGUAGAAUGCAAGCCAAAAGUGUCGCAUAUACCAUAGAAAAAUCAGUAUCAAAUUUAGCCGUGUUUUUACAACUGUUUGACCACUUGCAACGGAAUGCCAAGAUUUUUUAGUCUUGGCGGAAAAUUUUUGAUUUCAAAAUUUUUGCAAUUAUAGCGAGAUAUACUAACAAUCAAGACGAUCGCCGAGCGAGACCCGUACAAAAAACGGGCCAACAAACGGAAACACACGCAUUCACUCAAGGUUUUGGAGAAACUUCGAAAAAAUUCCGAUAUCAAACUAGAUAUCGACGAUGUCUUGCAUAUUGCUUACAUGGCCGAGGAUAUGGCGCUUGCAACGGGAGCUGCCGCGGAUCAGAUUUUGGAUGACUUUACAGUUGCUAAAAGUAAAUCGGUAAGAGAUGUUUUCCUUCUUGGCCUUAUUGAUGUCAAGUGUAAUAUAAUUCUCUGGUACAUUUAUGGUCUUAUUUUUAGAAAAGCAAACCGGGUUCUAUCAAGAGCUAUAUCGAUAUGGUAAGUGAAAUUUGAAGGCUUUAUAAGGGGUUUGUAAGAGAUUAAAAAUUAUUUGGCUCUCAACUGUGAAAGUUUUUUAUCGAGAGAAUUUCUGGAAGUUCAAUGUCUUGAUUGUGAUGAAAUUUGGCACCAAUUUAGACUACUUGUGGUUGAGAAAUAUGAACAAUUUUUAGACUAUAGCUUGUAGUAGUCGCUGUGAUUUUGACGUCGAAAGUUGCGAGGUAUUUGAUGACUUUUCGGCAAUUUUUUUUUUUUUUUGAAUUUCAUUGCCUUGCAAAUUGCAAGGUAAUAUUUUACAGGAAUGAUACGUGGCCUAAAAAGAGUAUGAGUGCAAAAUUUUAAGAAAAUCGACUGGUCUUCAAUCCAAAAUUUCCCCUUUCCUUAAAGAAAAAAGUGUAAUUUGCAGACUAAAGACAUUUUAUCUUUGCUGAAUUUUCAUGCUGACAUUUUAUGACAUUUUUUACGUCAAGCAAGAUUCUUAUAUCUUGUCGAUUUGACAUUUUGUAGUAAAUUAUUGGCUUCCAAUUUCAGGAAGACCCUGCAGACCAAGCGAGUGUGGACAUGGACACCAAAUAA